AUGGCGAACUCGACAGUGGCAGAGCUCAACGAGCGCUUUGGUGCUGGAGACAAGGGCCUCGGGCAGGAUGUCGUCGUUGAGAUGCAGUCCAUCAUGAGGCUGCAUAACCUGUCGCCCGAGGACUUGUACUUCAAGUGGGAGUCAUACUGCAUCAAGCUGGACAUGAAUGAGACACAGCCUUCCUUCGAGAGGAUGAAUGCCUUCAAACAGGACCUGCAGGAUGCCCUGGAAAAGACCACCCGGACGCAGGUGCACACGAAGUCGGAGAGGCGGACGGGUGCAACACCGCGAAUGGCAAACAGGGGCGGCGAUGUCUUUGGCAUGAUCGAUGGGUUGAUUCCAGGUACUCCAGCAACGGCGAGGAAGAGCGCGACCAAGAAAAAGGAGACUCCUGUUUCUCGUGUUAAGUCGGAGCACGCCGGUAGCUCACCAGACCACAAGUCGCCCAACUUGAAGGAGCAGCUUGACUCGAUGGGUGCACUGCCACCAUCCUCAUUCAACGAUCGACAGAACCCCGGGGAGGUCAUCGAAGUGCUCAACAGCCAACUACCAGCCGCCGAGCAUCCGAUCGCACCCUUUGGGGAACCACGCAUCAAGCUGACCGCCGCAUCAGAUCAGAAGAAGCUUACCUACAAGCCUCUGGGCAUGAAGCUGUCAGAAGCGUCCGAGAUACUGGACGACCGGAUAGACGACUUCUUGAAAAUGGUCAGAGACCAUCAUCAGCUGGAGGACGAUGCUUUCGGGAGCGCCGCGACCCAGAGCACGACCGAGAUUGUAGCAGUUGGACGAAUCGCCUCGGACUCGCUCGAGGGCAGGCUCAACGCCGCGUCCUUGGUCCUCGAGACCUCGAGACGGACAGGUGGUGGCCUGCGCAUACCGCUCAACAUGGACAAGAUCAAGAAGUACCAGUUCUUCCCGGGCCAGAUCGUCGCGCUCCGGGGCAGCAACACUUCAGGCCACAACUUUACUGUCACAGAGGUUCUCGAGAUUCCCCUGCUGCCCAAUGCCGCAUCCUCCCCCUCAGCCCUGUCUGCCCAUCGGCAGAAGCUCCUCGGAGGUCCAGAUGCCAUGGACACAGAUAGUGAGCCGAUGCCGCUCAACAUCAUAUACGCUGCGGGCCCCUACACGGCAGAUGAUAACCUCGACUUUGAGCCCCUCCACCAGCUAUGCACUGUCGCUGCCGACAGCUACGCAGAUGCCCUUGUUCUCACUGGGCCGUUCAUUGAUGUCGACCACCCCCUGAUCGCCUCUGGUGACUUCGAUCUACCUGAAGAGGCGACCGUCGAUCCCGACACGGCCACUAUGGCCACCGCGUUCAAGUACAUGAUCUCGCCUGCGCUCAAUCGCCUAGUGGCUGCCAACCCAAACGUAACCAUCCUGCUUGUCCCCUCGACCCGGGACAUCAUCGACAAGCACGUCUCAUGGCCGCAGGAUGCCUUCCCCAGGAAGGAACUUGGCCUGCACAAGUCCGUCAAGAUCGUGGGAAACCCCAUGACCCUUUCCAUCAACGAGAUGGUCCUUGCCAUAUCCUCGCAGGACGUCCUGUGGGAGCUCAAGGGCGAGGAGGUCGUCAGCCGGCCCGCACCGACAACGGAUCUGCUGGCCAGACUGUCGAGAUAUUUGAUCGAGCAGCGGCAUUAUUUCCCUGUGUAUCCACCGAUGGACCGAGGCCGAUAUCCCAAGACCGGUACGGCAGAGGGCGUGCAGGAAGGAGCAAUGUUGGAUGUGAGCUAUCUGAAGCUGGGCGAGAUGGUCGGGGGGCGACCGGAUGUGUUGAUUGUGCCGAGUGCCCUGCCACCUUUCGCAAAGGUUGUCGAGAGUGUCCUUGUCAUUAACCCAGGAUAUCUGUCCAAACGUCGCGGUGCAGGGACCUACGCCCGAUUGUCUCUGUAUCCGCCAUCACUGUCUGAGAUAGAGGACAGUGGUGAGAGCAUGAUGGCCCAUAAGAUUUACGACCGAGCGAGGGUGGAAAUGACCAGGAUAUAA